GGAUGACACACACGCAGCAUGGCUGGAGCGCUCUGGCACGAGGCGCAUGUGCUUGACGCGGCCGAGAACGGCGUCGUCCUCUGGCUCAUGGACCCAAGCGCCGAGACGCGCAAGGUGCAUGGCACGGUCGUUGCCGCCAUCUUUGCGUGGGUCGAGGUCGUCGCGUUUCUUGGCGAGACCUUCCUCGUCAUGGUGCUGGCGAUCGCGUCGCGCUCGACGCUCUUGUACUUCCUCUCGUUCCUCAUGGAGCGCGAUACCUCGGCGACGACGAUCGUGGACGCCACGUACGACGCCGUCUUUGUCGUCGCAUGGCUCGUGCAUCGGUACGCCGCCUUUUUCCAUCUCUCGCCGCGCGCGCUCUGCGAACGGCUCGGGCUCUUGCGCUGGCGACCGCUGGCGACAUCGACCAAGUGGCUCGUGCUCUACCAUCUCGUCGGGUUUGGCCUUGUGGUCGCGUGGCAGUGGCACACAAGCGACUGGUUCCUCUCGCUGGACAACUACUACGAUCCGGCGACGGGCCAGCUCCAGCUCGCGCGCGUCCUAGAGAUUCUACUUUUGUCGCCGAUCAAGGAAGAGAUCGUGUUUCGCGGUCUCGCCUUCCACCUGCUCCUCAACCGGAUCCCGAGCAAUGGCGUCGCGGCCGGUGUCGCCAGCGUCCUCUUUGGCUGCACGCACCUCAUCAACCUCAAGCACAGCAGCUUCUCGACGCCCUAUGUACUGCUGCAGACCUGCCUUGGUAUCGAAAUUGGCUUGUACUACGCUGUGCUGUUUGUGCAGACGCGGCAGAACCUCCGCGACUCGAUCGUACUGCACAUCGUCAACAACGUCCUCUCGAGCUUCCUCUCGACGCACACGGAUUUCAGCGCGCGCCCCAUCUUUGCCGUCCUAUUGCUGCAUGCGAUCGUUGUCUACUUGGGCUUGACGUACGCAUCGAUCCGGUCGAUGCAAGCGCCUCGAAAACUGGCAUAAGCGACAAUGGCGCGUCGUCGCCGGCAGCAUCAUCAUCCUGCGUCGUCGUCGUCGUUCUCAACGGUGUUGUAAUGCAGCCAACGUAUCGUGGACUUGAUCGGCAGAAGCGAACCAAAAGCCUGGACGUACAGGUCGGGCGACGGGACGAUGAUUGCCGAAAAGGUCACUGUGGAGGACGACGGGAUGAAGCGCAAGGUACUCGCCCCGUCCGUGGCCCAUCAGAUGGUCGCUGCGAACCCCGACGGCGCAGCUGGCGGUCGCAGCAGAUGUGUAUGCAGGCACACCGAUUCUUCCAUAAAAGAAAAGAGCACCCGGGAGGUGCCCGGGAGGCAGUGCCUGAGAGGCGGAAG